GGAUGAUGUGUGACCGGAUGGUUUCCUCUCAGAUCAACCUGACAGACUCAGCUCCAGCAGCUGAUCUGUGAUCUGAUGUUGUACCAGCGUCGCUCCGCCCCUCAACUCUACGCUCACUUCUAUUCAUAAACAGCGGGCGUCGUUUUUUUUUGUUUUUUUUUACGCAGAACCAGGCGACGCCGGCUUGUGACAGGCAGCCCGCAGACAGCGUCGGUGGAUGACAGCUCCGCACAUGCAAGUAUCCUCAUCUGUGUCCCGUCCAUCAGAGAGCCCGUGGCUGGUAGGAUUCAUAGUGUUCAUCGUGGGGAGCUGUACAGUGUCACUGACCAUCCCAGAGAUGACGUUAUGAUGGCGCCGUGCGUAACAGGAACAUCCAGCUAGCUCCCUCAGAUUCCGUCCGCUAAAGUGACACAUCUCACCUCCUGACUCUUUCACGCCUUUAUUCUAACCCUGGUUUUAAAAUGCUGAAGGCGCUUGUGAGACACGUCCGUCGGUUUCCGUGGGUCUCUAACGUCACGGUGUACGGGUGUCUGUUCGCCGGGGGGGACUUGGUGCACCAGUGUCUCGCGCGCAGGGACAACAUGGACUGGAGCCACACGCGCAACGUCGCCGUGGUCGCGUUCAGUUUCCAUGGCAACUUUAGUUUCUUCUGGAUGCGCUUUCUGGAGCGGAGGUUUCCCGGGAACUCUGCCAGGAUGGUGGUGAGGAAGCUGCUGCUGGACCAGACCAUCGCCGGGCCCCUGGCCACCAGUGUCUUCUACACAGGUAUCAGCUUCUUGGAAGGCAAAGAGGACAUCUUUGAAGACUGGAGAAAAAAAUUCCUGAAUACUUAUAGAACGGGGCUAAUGUUCUGGCCGUUCAUGCAGUUUCUGAACUUUGCCUUGGUGCCUCUUUUCGUACGGACCACUUUCACCGGCUGCUGCGCCUUCGUCUGGGCCAUCUUCCUGUGUUUCUCACAUCAGAGCGGCGAUGGCACAGCCGGUGCUGCUCUGAAAUGGAUGUUCUCCAAUCAACAGGAUGAAUCAGAAUCCACAAAGGAGAAAGUGGACACUGAAGUCAAGGCUUUGGCUCUCAAAGAUGGAACAGCAGCGUCUAAAUCUACUUAGAACUGAAACACGCUGAACAGUAAAACACUGGUAUGAGCAGGAUACUAUGCUGUAAGGGGAUGUAUGGAUGUAUUUGCAGUAUAUUUUUCAAAUCUCACUCAAGAUAUAUCAUUUAAUUGGGAAAAGACAUCCUAUUUUUCCAUAACCAUGCUAUAUUUCUCAGUUUUAGUUGUUGUUUUAUUUAUUGAAAACACUCAUGUGGACUUCUAAUGUGUGGGACAGAAGCUGUAUCGAUGGAAGUUUCAGAUUCCUCCGAUUUUCACCUAAAUGAAAAACUGGAACGAGUGAAGGAAAUCAUUUUUACCACUAUGUGGAGUGGCAGCUAACACAUUAGCUUAGGUCUUAAGGUUCAUAAAACUUAAAAAAAUGUAAUUCAGAUAUCGCUCUUUCUUUAAGAGCAAACGUGCUUUAACUGUUAUUUGCAUCUGUAACAGAGUGCCUGUCUGCACUGACUCCAGCUCACACUGGGGGCACACUGAAGGACCAUAAUGCACUGAGCAAACGUAUAUCAUAAAAUACAUGUUCGAUGUCCACAUUUUAACCUUUUACACUUUACAUCUAAACAAGUGCUAAUGAGAUACUACUGAAUAUCACUUUGUUUGUCUGAUAACGAUUUUACAACCAUUAACAGCAUGAAUGUGGACUUGCUGCCUGCUUGAUGUCGUACUUGCCCUGUUUCCAGAUACAGCUGCUUUUAUAACCUUCUUUUUUUAAGUUGUACCUCUUUGUGAAAAUGUUACAUUACAGGUUUUACUUAUCAGCUGUGACUCUUGAAAUGUAACAUCAGCUGCCUCCAGCACAUAGUUUUCUACAGAGGUCAUUUUAUAAAUAGAGAGCAGCUCAGUAUGACUGUUAUUCCUAUACAUAGAGUUUAAAGGGUUAGGGGAAACUUUUCUCUUUCUUCUCAGGUAGAUAACAAAACAUUCACACUUCCCAUGUUUUACUGAAAGUCCUGAUGUAUCUAUUUUAGUUUUUCUCAGCUAAAUUUAUACCGUGGUAAUAAUACUACAGUGUUUGAAUUGAGGCACAGAAAAAAACACUAAAACACUGUUGUCACCACUACUGUUUGAUCCCUUUUGCCACUGCACCCUUAAUUAUAAUAACUUAAUGUACUGUACUAUUCCUUUUGUGUUAAUGAAUUCCUGAUUAUUUUUAAACUGAUGAGCAACACUGGAACUGAAAGGUUAAAUUAAUGAAUAUUUCAUUUGUUCAUAUCAGCAACUGAAAACUAGAAUAGUAGAAUUCUGUCAGAAUCUUUUUGACAGGUCACAUAGAAAGACAUAAUAUAAUUUUAUUACAUUUUGCACUAUAGUUACACUAACUGUAAAUGCUAAAUUGAGACACUAUUUAUAGUUGAAUAAAAUGAAAC